AUGGUCGCGUCCUCGCGUGAGGCUCUCAAGUGGGGCAAAUCAGAAAAUACAUGGGACAAAAGAAAAGGAGAUGGAGGUGAUGGUGCCUGGGAGAAGAAGUCGGAUGAAGGCCAUGGCAAUUGGGAGCAUCCCAGCAACCGGAAUGGGCAGAGUUUGAAUGUAGAUCAGGACACGUGGGGAAAUGACAAGGGCAAAAAGAAUGCAGAUGGUAACUGCCAAUGGGAGGAGCAAUCAAGCACUUACAAACGGAAGAAGACAAAUGCUGAUCAUGAUUCCUCCUAUAACAAUGUGAUGCCACCAUCAGGCAAUGCUUGGAAUGCUGGAGAUGGAAUUGGAAGACCAAAUGCCAAGUCUAAUGCAGGAUCCAGUUGGGGUGAGAAAGAUAAGAUGGAGUCUGAUGAGCAUAUAAAAGUCCCAAAAGAAUCAGACACAUGGAAUACAGGGAAAUCAAAUGAAAGUCCAUGGGAUAACACUGAUGCACUACAGGAUUCCUAG